UUUCUCCUUCGGCGGUCGGAAAUCGUGGCAAUUACUGGCGGUUCGUUCAAGUGGUUUGCUGUUCGAGCUCAAGACAUCGCGGUUCUGGAUGCGGAAGGCCAGCCAACCCUGUCCCCAUCGAAGGCACAGUCGGUGUGUAUGCGCCUGAUCGGCUCCAAGACAAACCAAGGCGGCUCUCCUACAACGAGGAUGUUGUCGCGCUCGGGACACCCAUUCUUGUGCCCCGUGUUUGGUGCCUUGAUCCUUCUCCAAGUCCGGAAACACCUACCCACUGAUAUACCGACUGCAGUGUUCCUGGACCGCUGCGGAAAACCGGCCUGCAUUGCGACGGAUGAUGUGUCAGAAGCUAUCAAGCGGGCGGCUACCAGCACUGGCGAAGACCCACGCUGUUUCAGCUCCCAUUCUCUACGAGCGGGCGGAGCAACCCACAUGUACCGAGCUGGCACGGAUGCACUCACGAUCCAGUUUCACGGCCGUUGGGGUUCCGAUGCGUUUAAGACCUACACCAGACCCUGCAAGGAGUCGGUUGCUACUCUGGCGGCAAACAUGGUAACAGGUCCGCGGGGCGAUUCGACGUUG